GGGAUCUCACCUGGGCAGGAGCCGCUCCCGCCGCUCCCCGGGAUCCCACCUGGGCAGGAGCCUCUCCCGCCGCUCCCCGGGAUCCCACCUGGGCAGGCGCGGCCGGCGGCGGCUGCGGGAGCCGGGGGCAGGAUGCGCUCCAAGAGGCUCACCACCGAACCUCCAUGUAUAACAGAAGAAAUGUUAGAAGAAUGCUUAGCCACAGAUGAUAUGCUUGUGGAUUUCUUUAAUGAAUUUUUGAGUCUUCCGACUUUUGCCCAGCCAGUGAAGUUUAACUCUGAUGCUGGGACUUUUGAAGUAGUUAAUUAUGCCCCACGAUGCCUGGAAAGCCAGCCGAAAAAAUUUCUACAUGAUCAAAAACCUCCAAGCCCCAUUUAUGAUGUUCUAAGCAAGGAAAAGAAUGAUGGGCAGCUCUCCAAAAUGCACAGUGCUUCUUCAACCUUGAGUAUUGAUCCAAAUUACAACACUAUGCAACUCGAUCAAGAACAAGCAAUUAAGUGGAUUAAGAAAGAAAGGCUUCCAGCGUUUCUAGAAAGUGACUGUUACUUUGAAUACAGACUAGCUAAAUUGAUAUCACAGGUAGAAUGGAGCAAGACUGGCAUUAAUUUCAUUAUAGAUAAUGACUACUCUCCCUGGAUAAGGAUAAGGAAGCAAAGCCCAAGUUCUCCCUCUCCUAAGGAGGAUGACCCUUCACUGACUUCAUUGACUAUGAAGAAGUUCUAUGUAUCACUUGGCGAGGCUACAGUUUCUCAGGUAAAGGAUUGGUUUACCUUGGCAAAACAAGGUGAUUCUGUGAAAACUACAGAUUCAUAUACGCAUCCUGUAGUUUCUAGUAAAAUUCAAGAUACUCAGCAUUUGCCUCGGCAACAUAAAAGAGAUGAAUCCUUACCUGGAAAAGGUCCUCUUCUGGGGACGGCAUCUGCAAAGCCCCUUGCCAGUGAGGGGUCCAGAGAGGCUGAGGAGCGCUGCUCGGUGGCCGUUGCUGAAGCUCUUUCCCACACGCGCUCAAGAGUUUAUCUAGACCCAAAAUGGCACAGUGCAGCAGAAGAGGAAGAUGAACAGGGAAGCACAACUUUUCAGACAGCCGAAGAAUUCACACCAAUAUCCUCUCAAAUUGCCAUGAAGGAACCCAUUUCAGAGCUGACCCUCCAGUCUGCUGCUGACAUCAAAACCUUGGACUCCACGGAAGAUGUAAGAAAACAAGGAAGCUUAAGUCCAAGCUCUGAAAGUGUUGGGCCGGACAGCAGGGCUGCCUGGUGUAUUAGUCACGGGACGUACGACACUGGCAACAGACAUGAGUUUGAAAGAUUCAAGAAGUUCAUUAAAGGAACACUUGGGGAGAGGUACUGGUGGCUCUGGAUGGAUAUUGAAAGACUAAAGGCUCUUAAGAACACUACAAGGCAACAAAGGCAACUCAGUAAGAUGAAAAAACUGUACCUGCUGAGCAAUGGAGACUAUUUCCUAAGUUCAGAAGUGUUGCUCAGGCUCGAGCUACUGCAUGGAGAUCAGUGGAAUAUAAUGCAUUUAAGACGGAUUCAGCCUGAAGUAGUGAAACCACUACUUCUUUACUGGGGUCCCAGAUUUUGUGUCACUCAUUCAACAGCAAUAGAUGCUGCCAGUGCAAAACUGAAGUUCUGGCACACAUGUCAAGAGAGACCAAGAGUGGACAUUGAUCCUUUCCCACAAAUAGUGUCAUUGUUGCCAUUGACCCAGAAGUCUGACGUACCAUCUUCCCUUGUUCAGAGAUCAUCAAGAUUGCUACCUACUCUGACGGGAAGUCAGAUUCUCCAACGGGAUGAUAUUUCUAGCAGUAGAAUGUGGCCAAUGUCAGUGAGCACAGACAUGAUUCAUAGCUUAGCUCUGGAUGGGACCAAAGAUGCAGAAUACCAGGGUCAUAGAAAGUACACCUAUGUUGAGCUUCUCCACGGGAAAAGUGUUGCUAGCAGUGUUGUCUUCGGGGGAUCAGGAAUUGAAAGCCUGCUGCAGUCUCUUUAUUUGGAGAACAGAGCAGGCUACUACUUCACACAAUUCUGUGAGAAGUCAGGGAAUAAGUUGUGGAAGAACUGCGUGUACUUUUGGUUUGACCUACAAGCUUAUCAUCAGCUUUUUUACCAAGAAACCCUUCAACCGUUUCAAAUAUGCCAGCAAGCUCAAUUCCUUUAUGCAACUUAUAUUGCUCCAUCUGCCAGUAUGGACACUGGACUUCAUCAGAAUAAGAAAAAUAUGAUUUAUCACAAAAUUGACCCAGCUUUUGAGGACCUUUUUGACCCAGCAGAAGAACAUAUCCUCACUGUUUUGCUGGAACCAUGGAUGAAGAUGGUGGAAGAAGACAAAUACACUUAUAGAAAGGUGGAGUUGGUGGAAGAAACUCAACAGCUGGACUCCGUGUACUUUAGAGAGCUCCAGGCUUUGCAUCAAUUGAGUAAUUCCAAGAAGGAUGAGAGUACUGUUGCUGACACGGGGGCUCCCAAAGAAGAUCAGCACUUGCAUCAAGCUCCCAAAGAAUUGGCAGGUCCUAAUCUGUCUGACCUGAUCCAUGACAAAGAGAAGUUAGAACAGUUCCAGGCUUUCCUUGAUAAGCAUUCUGCUAGCAUGGACCUCAUGUGCUGGCUAGAUAUUGAAGAGUUCAGAAAGAUGCUCCAAAAGGAUGAAGAAAAAAGUGAUGAAAAAUUUAAAGAUAUUAAAACCAAGUACUUAAACAACGAGUACUUCUUUGGACCCAACAGCCCAGCUACCAGAGAACAACAAGAAGAGCUAAUGCAUUCAGGUGGAGGAAGGAGACAAAGCCUUCAUGAUCAGCUUUCGGCAGCGGUUCUGCUAGAAGUUCAGCAAUGUGUCCAGAAGAGAUUAGAAAAACAAUGGCUGCCAUUGUUCCUGGCAGAUGAACACCAUGGGGCAGAGGAAGAAGCAAAGCAUGUGGACAAUAAGAGUGUUUCUUCAUCUAGUGAAAUAAUUGCUUUCCGCAAGGCGCUCUUGGAUCCAGUGACAGCAAAUCUCUUUCAACGCUUUGUGGCACUGAAGGGAGACCUCCUGGCGAACGGAGUGCUCUUCUGGCAAGAGGUGCAAAAGUAUAAGGAAUUGUGCCAUUCUCAUUGUGCUGAUGUCAUAGUUCAGAAAAAGAUCACAGCUAUUAUUGACUGCUUUAUUAAUUCUGCCAUACCCCCAGCUUUGCAGAUUGACAUCCCACCUGAACAAGCAAAGAAGAUUGUGGAGCACAGGAAAGAACUAGGACCUUACAUUUUUAGAGAGGCACAGAUGAGUAUUUUUGCUCUUCUGUUUAAAUUUUGGCCGGAAUUUUGUAAGUUCCAAAGCAAUCCAGAGAGUGACAACAUUCUAGUUUCCUUGGAGAAAAAAAAGGAAAAAGAGACGCAAAAGACGGAAGGGAUAACAGCAAAGGGUAAAGAAGCGGGGAAAAAACUCAUUAAUUUGGCUCAACUUAAGUCCUUGACUCAACCCAAGUCCUUGACUCAACCCAAGCCCUUGACUCAACCCAAGCCCUUGACUCAGCCUGAGCCCUUGACUCAGCUUAAGCCCUUGACUCAAGUGCCAAAGAGUGUUUUGCUAGAUGAGCUUGAUGUGAAGAGAAGAUCAUCAACACCUUUAGCACCUAUCGAAGGACGUGGGAGGAAGGCUUCCUGGUCCUAUUCCAAGUACAUAGAAGCCUUGGAGCAGGAAAGAAUACUCAUCAAAAGGCAAGAAGAUCAGCAGAAAACCUCAUCGUCACUCCCUGCAGGUUUAUUGUCUGUGUGCUCCCUGAAGCCUGAAAGUUCUGUAAAAGCCACCAUUCCUACAAAGCCUAAACUCUGAAUCUUCCCAAGAAGCAGGAAGCACAUUAAAAUCUCUCUGAGGAAGGGAAUGCAGAGACAUUCAGUGGAGGUGGUGAGGAGACACAAAUGUAAUGUGCAUGCAAGGUUUGUUCUUACAAUUCUAGAGCAAAGAUGACGACUUGGAAUAUUAUUAAGAACCAUGGGAUCAAGGGUAGAAAAUAAACAUCUUCCAGUGUGUUCCAUUUCAAGCUGA